AUGAAUCAACAAUUCCCGUUCAGUAACCAAAUACAAACAACUCCAAAUUAUCAUUUUGAAAAUAAUUUCCAAAGCAUUAGUUUCUUCGAAACUUUAGAAACAACACCUUUUUUUUCUAAUAUAUUUGUUAACUUAUAUGACAAUGUAGAAUCAGAAAGUGACAAUUCUGAAAAUAAUAUUGUACAUAAUAGACGAAACCUCUUAUUGCACUCUCCAUUAGAAAAAGUAGGUAAAGUUUAUUCUGAUAAUAAUUUCAACAUAUUUUUACCCUCUAAUAAAUACCACAGGAAACCCUUUGAAAAUUGUCACGAACAAGAACCACAAAUAUCCCAUCGAUUGCCAGUAGAUAUUCAUUCCUCACCCAAUUCGAAUUUACGUCAUAAUUCUUCCAUGACAAGUUUAAUAUCAGACGAGGCUCUUUAUUUAAAUUCAUUGCAUGACAAGAUUGGGAAGAAUUCUCAAGAUUUAUCUCAAUUUAACAUUAACUCAAAAAAUAUUCAUGAUUACUUACUGAAUUACAAGAAUGUCUCUUUGAGGAAUAACAGUAUUCAUUCCCCUUUAGCAUUAGAUUCUUCAUCUUCUGGUAUUUCUGCACAAUGUUCACCCUCAUUACCAAUAACCGAACAAAGAGAUUCCCACAAUAGUGAUUAUGAAAAGUAUAAUGACGUUAAGUUUGCACUCAACAGGAAACGCUCUUCCACAAGUAAUAAAUGUAACAGUCCCAAAGGAAAUUCCCCCAAAGCCGGUACUCAUUGUUGUAAAAUAUGUGGGAAAAAAUUCCAACGUCCAUCUACGUUGGAUACUCAUAUGAAUAUCCAUUCAGGUGAGAAACCUUACCUAUGUCCCUUUUUAGAAUGUAAAAAAUUAUUCAACGCCAGAUCUAAUAUGCUGAGACAUUUAAAAAUGCAUUUUAAGCUCGGGAAGGGCAAGUAUUUGCUACCCAGUGGUGAAGUUUCGUUGAAAAAACCCACAGCCAAACAACUGGUUUGUUUUACCGAUCUUACUGGUGACAAGAUCUCAUAG